AGAACAUACUGCAUUUGCCUGAUGUAGUCUGUAGUAGUCUGCGGACAUGGUUAACUGUGGUUUGUAGCAUUAUGUAGAAUACGAUUACAAAGGCCGACUUAAAAGCUUAUAACGCUUGUUUGUGUCCGUGUGAGGCUUUAACCAGAAAAAAUGACUCGCACAGUGUCAUCGAAUUUUUAGGAAUUAAUGAAAUUGAAAAAACGGAAGAGUCUGUGCGCGCAGUGCGUGAAUAUGCCCGCCAAGGUCUCAAAGAAGGUCGUGGGCAUGAUCGUACGAAGCCGAAAAUUCAUUAUUAAGGAUGGGGUCAUUACGUAUUAUAUGGAUCUGAACAACUGAUAAAUGAAAUAUUGAUAGAAUCAUAAGUAUGGAAAGAAAUAUAUAUAGUAACACUUCUUAGGGGUCAUGCCCCCUGGGGCAAAAGGUGGAGCAGAGGGCCUGGGCCCCUCCUGUUCUGAAAUUCACAACAGCCAAGAACAUGCUAUUGCUAAACUCACACCUUCUCUUACAUUUGCUCAGCAAUGCUACAGACAUCUUAAGAGUUCCGGUAUAGGAGAGGCAAGUGUGUACCAUGCUCUGGUUGUAAUAUUUUUGGAAUUUUUUGCAUGGGGUUUAUUAACCAUGCCUGUUAUUUCUGUAUUAAAUAUUACAUUUCCAAAUCAUACGUUCCUGAUGAAUGGUUUGAUAAUGGGCAUUAAAGGAAUCUUAUCAUUUCUUUCUGCACCAUUACUUGGUGCCUUGUCUGAUGUAUGGGGUCGAAAAUUCUUUCUACUCAUCACAGUAGCCUUCACAUGUGCACCGAUUCCUCUAAUGAGCAUUAAUACAUGGUGGUUCUUUGCUAUGAUCUCCAUCAGUGGUGUCUUUGCUUGCACAUUUUCAGUGGUGUUUGCAUAUGUUGCUGAUGUUACUGAGGAACAUCAAAGAUCUCCGGCAUAUGGUUUAGUAUCUGCAACUUUUGCUGCAAGUAUGGUAAUAAGCCCAGCAUUGGGAGAUUAUGUCAUGAAAGUGUAUGGAGAAAAUCUUGUGGUUGCAUUAGCAACAGCUAUUGCAGUGUUGGAUGUGUUUUUUAUAUUAGUGGCUGUACCUGAAAGUUUGCCUGAAAAAGCUCGUCCACCAGCACCUAUUUCUUGGGAGCAGGCAGACCCCUUUGCUUAUCUUGGAAAGGUUGGCAAAGAUUACACUAUUUUAAUGUUGUGUAUUACUGUGUUCCUGAGCUAUCUUCCUGAAGCAGGACAGUAUAGUUGUAUAUUUGUCUACUUGACUAAGGUUAUGGGAUUUACUGCUUUAAUGGUAGCAUUUUUUAUUGCUGUGGUUGGAAUUUUAAGCGUUGGCGCUCAAACUCUCUUGGGCGUUUUGAUAAAGACACUUGGCAGUAAACAUACUAUAAUGUUGGGCCUUCUAUUUGAGAUGUUACAACUCAUGUGGUUUGGCUUUGGUUCACAAACAUGGAUGAUGUGGGCAGCUGGAGUGCUUGCUGCUGUAUCAAGUAUUACAUAUCCUGCAAUCUCUGCGUUUAUAUCCAUGCAUUCUGAUGCAGAUAAACAAGGUUUGGUACAAGGCAUGGUAACCGGAAUGCGUGGAUUAUGUAAUGGUCUAGGGCCAGCAAUGUUUGGAGUAAUCUUUUAUCUUUUUCGCGUUGAUCUCAACGACAAUUCUCCUUCCCUUCCUGCAAGGCCAUCUCCAUUAGAUGAAAAUAAUAAAACAGGAACUGCCACGCAACAUCUUGAUAUUAUGCCACAAAUAGUAACCCAGCUUGUACCAGGACCACCAUUUGUGUUUGGUGCAUUACUUGUGAUAUGUGCAUUACUAGUAGCUGCAUUUAUACCUGAAUCAAACACAAUGCCAACUGGUCCAUUACAUCAUCCAUCCACCUCCCGGAGGCUCUCCGGUAAAUACGCAUAUCAGAAAUGUACGUUAAAGGUUGUCAGUUAUGUUAAAAUUCAGAUGUAUUUUUGGUGGUGGAUUUUAUUGUAAGUCAAUUUGGAUAACAAUAGUAGCCGAAUGAUGGUUUAUCCUUGGAUGUACAUUAUGAGGGAGACAAAUUGGGAAGCGGGAAAGGAAAAAUAGGGCCGCUGUCACCUCUAGUCGACAAUUGCAACUCUGCUGCUCUAUAGCUAUUGUAAAAACAAAGACGAGCUACAAGAAAGAAGAGGGACACGUACCUUUGUGAUAAAACUAUCUUUAGAGAAACGGUUACUAUCAAGUGCACCUACUACACAAGGACUUUAAAAAAGCUGUCUAUAUUGUAUUAUAUUAUAUCUUUAAGUCAAUAACUGAGGUUAUCUUAGGAUUAUCAAUCCACUUAAUGUUUAGGUUACGAAAAAUUUUACAAGCUGUUUUAAUGACAUUUAGGUUGAGCUAAACAUUAAGUUCGAUCGUUUUAGGUAUAUUUUGUUAUAUAAAAAGUUAAAAUUUUACAUUUAAAAAAAAAAGGAGAUUGUAAUAUUAUCUUAUACCAAGUACCGGACACCUCAUUCAUUCAUUCUGAUUCAUUUAUCAGUGACUCCUGGUUUGUGUAGCUUGCCAAUGCAUAAAACGAUAAAACGAAUGAAAGUUGUAACCAGUAUUUUUACUAGACUUAUAACGUAAAAACUCUAUAACUUUUUGUGUAAAAACUUUUUUUAUAAUGUAUGUUAUUCAUCGCUUAUUAGGAUCACAUAAGAGGGGCAACAAUUUUGUAUAAUUUAGGCAAGAGCACCUGUUACUUUGAUCACCAGCAUUAUAAAUUUUCAGUUUGGGAUAUUUUCUGACAUUUUUGUGAAUCGUCUUUGGAAAACAAAAUCUUAUUUAUUUGCGGA